GGGAGGGCCUCAGCAGGCCUCGGAGUGGAUGGGGCCCCGGGCACCCCGUCUUCCUCUGGGAGCCCCCUUCUCGCCUGCGGAGUGGGACGCCGAAGCCUGUGUCGCUGAGCCCCCCUGACGUUAGGCAUUAGUGAGCGAGGAGUGGCUGGUAGGACGUUAACAUCCCUCUGUGCUCAGAGCUCCGGUGCUGUGGAGGAGCUUCUCGAUCGGGAGAACAUGCGGAUGGCUGACAGCCUGGCCUCCAAGGUCACCAGGCUCAAAUCGCUGGCCCUGGACAUCGAUAGGGAUACAGAAGACCAGAACCGGUACCUGGAUGGCAUGGGCACGGACUUCACGAGCAUGACGGGUCUGCUCACAGGGAGCGUGAAGCGCUUCUCCACAAUGGCGCGGUCUGGGCGAGACAACCGAAAACUUCUCUGUGGUGUGGCCAUGGGUCUGAUUGUGGUCUUCUUCAUCCUCUCCUACCUCCUGUCGAGGGCAAGGACGUGAGCCAGUGCCAGCUGGCUUCUGCGGGUGCCCAGGGCAACCAGGGUCUCCCCCGGCCCGGUGUCCUGGUUCCAGAGGACCUCCUACAAAAUACUCCUUUGCACUAAUGAUUGUGGCUUAGGCAUCUUCUUCCUGCGUGGCUGGGGGACCAUGCUGCCUCCAACUGCAAGCUGUGUUGGCUGGUGCCAUGUGCAGGGGCCCCAGGAGCUUGAGGCACCGACAACCUUCUCUGAGCAGUGCUGGAAUUCCUGGACACGGCCACCUGUGGCCAGCAGCUCUUCCCCAGCCUUGAGGGCUCUGACACGCCUGUACUCCGUCCUUGUCUGGGUAAGGCCGUGUCUGAUCUCUGAGGUGCCUGGAUCUGACACAGGAAGGAGGUGAGGCUAUGAACCUCAAAUCAGCAUCAUCUUUUCCACCCAAGUCCCAGCCCAGGCAGUUGCUCUUGGCCCUGGCUGCCGAGUCCGGGUGGAGCGGUGCUGAGGGCCCCCGCGUGGCCUCUGCCUGCCCUCCGGUCCCACGGCUGAAGCCAGACCUUCAGGGAGGGCAGGCAGUGUGAUGAAGGUGUGGACUACAGCCCUGCAUGGAGGCCCUGGGCCCAGUCCUCCUGGAUCUCACGACCAUGUAUCCAAGAGCAGAAACCUGCGUUUUCUCAGGAUUGAGGAUCUGCCCAAAGAUGUCUAUUCUGGAGACCGAGUCUCUAGGAGCAGCUCCCUCUGGCGAUUCAGCGUGAGGGAGAGUGUGUGUCACGGGUGCCCCUGUGGGUCUUCCUAGGAGGCUUCUGCGCAGGAUCAGUGGGUAGUUUCCUGUCCACCAAGCCAGGGCCUUCCUCCCAAAGGGAGUAUCCCCUUGUGAGGGAGUUCUGAGCCAGCCCUCACCCCCAGUUUCUGCAGACUGUCCUCUUGACUGCCUGUCCUUGGGCCUUCACUGCCCACUUGCCAGCCCUGUGUCAUACCAACCACACCCCGGGCCAGUAGGCCAGCAGCUUCUCACCGUACAGGUCGAUCCCAGCGCCCCUCUCUGUACGUAGAAACACUCUGUCCUUCCCUGUCCUUGUUCCCAUCUUCUGCCCUCCUGGCCACUCCCACUACUGUUUGCGGAUUGUUGGCUCACUGUCCACCUGCCUGCAUGGACACCUCACGUGUGGUCGUGUCCAUUGGCCCAUCGUCUCCCGCCUGGCUCUCACUUUCAGCUGUGGGCACCUGCCCUCUGUUCCUCUUCCUUCCUGCUGGCCUAGCCCGUCCUCAGGGUACCAUGGUGUCCUUCCCUCCAUUCUGCCCUGCUGGGCCCCUCAGCCUCCAGGGAGGAGGUCCCUGCCUUUCUACCCCAAGGGCUCUGCUCUUUGUGCCCCUGCAGCUCCUGCUCACUGGUCACCGAGGUCACGCACCUGCCUCUCUCUCAGGCUGCUUUCCCUUCUUGUUGGUCCCACCCCGUGGUCCUGUCCCAGUGUCCAGUGGCCCUGUGACCUUGGCUUUGGCUCAGCCCAGCUUCUCGUCUCGAACUGAUCCGUGCUGGGAUCUUGUCGUCUGUUCAUGAGCAGCUGACUGCACACGUCCCCGUCUGGGCACCACAGCUGGACCCCGCUCCGUGUCGCCCACCCUUCCUGGGCCUGCGUUGCCAGCCUCACCCGGAACCAUGGCUCCACUGUGGCAGCAAGUCGCCACACCUGAGGGUGGCCGUGCAGACUGGCAGGUGUUCCAGGCUGGCCUUCAGAAGGGCCCUGUGCUCCGACACCGGUGGCUGUUCUCGCUCGCCUCUCCAUGGCUCCCAGCCGCUUCCUGCCCUUUUGGCCUGGGGUUUAGUUUCUUUUGGUUUACUUUUUGCUUCUUGUUCAUGUAUUAGGAUGGGUUCCAGCAGGGGGCAUGGCAGGCCUCACCCUCCUGCGGCUCAGCCCUGCACGUGCAGCCUGACCCUGGGGGCAGGAGGGCUCUGCUGACACUGUUCUCUGAGGCUGACUGUGGCGCCUGGGACAGACUGCCAGGCUGUGUCCCGUGACUGAGGACAGGACAUUA